GCCGGCGCGCCGCCACUGCCACCGCCAGCGAGAUUGCGACCUGAGAGGUCCCGCGUCCUCGUGCUGUUCCCGGCUCUACCUUCGCCGCGGCCACCAUGAUCUGUGCAAUCUCCGGCGAGGUGCCGGAUGAGCCGGUGGUAUCAAAGAGGUCGGGGCUCCUCUUUGAGCGGCGGCUCAUCGAGCGCUACAUUGAGGACCAUGGAAAGUGUCCAGUUACGAAGGAGGAACUCUCCAUGGACGACAUCGUGCUGGUGAAGACCAACAAGGUCGUGAGGCCCAGGCCUCUGCAGGCUGCAAGCAUUCCCGGACUCCUUGGAAUCUUUCAAAACGAGUGGGAUGCUCUUAUGCUUUCUAAUUUUGCUUUGGAGCAGCAGCUUCACACAGCAAGACAAGAACUUAGUCAUGCGUUAUACCAGCAUGAUGCUGCCUGCCGUGUUAUAGCCAGAUUAAAGAAGGAAAGAGAUGAGUCUAGAGCACUUUUGGCUCUAGCUGAGAGACAGAUUCCAGCGUCGAUGGCGGGAGUUGCACCUGCAGCUGUCGUCUCCAAUGGAAAAAGAGCAAUGGAGGAUGAAAUUGGCCCUGAUGGGAAGAAGAUACGCCCUGGUAUCAAUCCUGUCAUGAUCGAUGAACUAACAGAGUGUAAUACCAUGCUUUCUGCCCAGCGUAAGAAACGACAGGUACCACCAAGUUUGGCAUCAAUUGAUGAACUGGAGAGAUAUACUCAGAUCUCUAGCCAUCCACUCCACAAGACAAACAAGCCGGGCAUUUUGUCUAUGGAUAUCCAUCCGUCAAAGGACAUAGUUGCAACUGGGGGUAUUGAUACGAAUGCAGUGCUAUUUGAUAGGACAUCUGGUCAAAUCCUUUGUACACUUGCUGGUCACUCCAAGAAGAUAACCACUUUGAAAUUUGUUCCACGGGAUGAGCUUGUGGUAACUGGAUCAGCAGAUAAGACUGUUCGGAUUUGGCAAGGGGGUGAGGAGGGAAACUACAGUUGCAUCCAUACUUUGAAAGAUCAUACCGCCGAGGUCGAAGCUGUUACUGUGCAUGCGACUCAGAAGUACUUUGUGACCGCGGCCAAGGAUAAUACUUGGUGCUUCUAUGAUAUUUCAACUGGGUCUUGCCUCUCACAGGUUGGCGAGGCUUCAGGACAAGAGGGAUAUACAUCUGCGUCUUUCCACCCAGAUGGUCUUAUCCUUGGAACAGGAACUACUGAAGCUGUUGUCAAAAUUUGGGACGUGAAAACUCAGUCCAAUGUUGCAAAGUUUGAGGGGCAUGCUGGACCUGUCACUGCUAUGUCCUUCUCUGAAAAUGGUUACUUCCUGGCGACUGCUGCUCUUGAUGGUGUCAAGCUUUGGGAUCUAAGGAAAUUGAGAAAUUUUAGGACUUUCUCGCCAUAUGAUUCGGAUACGCCGACAAAUUCUGUGGAAUUUGAUUUUAGCGGUACCUAUCUUGCUGUUGCUGGUUCAGAUAUAAGGGUUUACCAAGUAGCCAAUGUCAAGACGGAAUGGAAUCUUAUCAAGACCUUGCCAGAUUUGUCAGGAACAGGGAAAGUGACCUCUGCAAAGUUUGGCACUGAUUCCAAAUAUAUCGCCGUCGGCUCUAUGGACCGUAACCUGAGGAUAUUUGGGCUUCCUGGAGAUGAUCAAAUGGAUGAUGAUGCAAAACCAUCGGCAGAGUGAGGAAAUGCAGUGUGCCUGGUUUUACUUGUUUGAUGCUCCCUGCGCUCUCUUUUGGCAGUGGAUGGAUGGGUUGCGUAUGAGGAAAAGCAGGGUCCUCGGGGAGCAAUGGCGUGGGCGUCCGCCGAUGUAAACAGACAGCGACAUUAUUGUAUUGUAGGCUUCACUAUUUUCUAAUGAGGAUAUAAUUUGUUUUGAAGAGGAAUACAAUCUCAAAGGGCACGAGCCACGGGCAUGCAAGUUUCUUUUACCCGAGGCCGUUAUUUGAUGAAUUAAUGAGAUUUUAAAGAACAUGCAUUAUGCACUUUCUACUAAAA